AAAGAAAGUUCCUUCCUUCAACUCAGCACAAAGCUUUUGCAACAGGAAGGUGACGGUCAGAUCUUCAAUCGGACAGAGAAGGGACGAAACACUGAAGCUGCUGCACAUCUAUGUGACUCUGAAGUGAAGCGUCUCCAUGGCGACACCGAUCAGAGAAAACGGUAGGAUGACGAAUGUGACAGUAAAUCAGCAGGAAGGUGAUGAAGAGCCAGUCAGAGGCGAAAACAUAAGCAACACCUCUAAGCUGCCAGCAGGGGGAGUAGUUCUGCUGGUUCUGGUCGGUCUGCUGGCUGCUGCUCUCAUCAUCAUCUUCAGACUCUAUGCUGCUUAUUUGAUGACCAAUAAAAACCAGAGAGAGGAGAAAGACGAUGUGAGGAAACAUGUCUCAGUGUCUCCCUCACCACCUUCAACGCCGCACUACAAGACAGAAGACGUUGUUCUGCUUGAAGGGGAAACCUGUCUGAAGUGUGCGGCAGGAUGGGAGCAACAUGGAGGAAAAUGUUAUUAUUUUUACACCGUGAGAUCAGCCUGGACUGAGAGCCGACGUUUCUGUCAGAAUCUGGGAUCAGACCUGGUGAAGAUCGACAGCAGAGAGGAGCAGAUGUUCCUGGAGGUCAGACUGAGAGCGUUGAUGGAGCAUGAUGAGGACCGGUUCUGGAUCGGACUGACGGACUCAGAAGUAGAAGGCAGAUUCUUGUGGGUGGAUGGAUCGCCGCUGGACCAAAGUUUGAGCUUUUGGGGUUGGCGCCAACCAGACAACUGGAGCAGGGCCAGCCUGAAAGCAGGCAACUGUGUGCGGAUGGGCAAGAGAGGAGGUUCUGGUGAUCCGACGUCCUGGUUCGAUACGUCCUGCAGCGAUCCGCAGAAAAGUAUCUGUGAACAAGCAGGAACUCAGUGAUGUCUGAAGUU